ACUUAAAAAAUGUUGAGAAGAUGUGUGUUGUGGACUUGAGAAUAUUAAGAGUGUGAUGGAUGAUGUUUGUAAUGAUGUUUAAUACACUUUAACCUUAACACGUGCUGGCUAAAACCACACGUGCUUGCCUUACCUUCCGUUCAUUCUUUCGAUAACUACUAAAAACCCAUCACUCGCCACACAAUCAAAUGCCACUGCUCCUCCGCCGACCCCUCUCCCCCUCCCUCGUCUCCUCCUUCUUCCUCCGCCGCCGCUCAAUGUCUUCCAAAUCCGAUCCAAUCAGCCCCUCCAACACCCGAAUCGGCUGGAUCGGAACCGGCGUCAUGGGCCGGUCAAUGUGCGGACACCUAAUCAAAGCCGGAUACUCCGUCACCGUCUUCAACCGCACAAUCUCCAAAGCCCAGCCUCUCCUCGCCAUGGGCGCUAACCUCGCCGCCUCGCCGAACUCCCUCGCUUCCCAAUCCGACGUCGUCUUCUCCAUCGUCGGCUACCCCUCCGACGUCCGCCGCGUCCUCCUCGAUCCAAACUCCGGCGCCUUAUCCGGCCUCUCUCCCGGCGGCGUCCUCGUCGACAUGACCACCUCCGAGCCUUCUCUAGCCGAGGAGAUCUCCAAAUCAGCUUCCUCCGCGGGCUGCUUCUCAGUCGACGCUCCCGUCUCCGGCGGAGACCUCGGCGCUAAAAACGGGAAGCUCUCGAUCUUCGCCGGGGGAGACGAAGCAACGGUGAAGCGUCUGGAUCCAUUGUUUCGUUUAAUGGGGAAAGUCAACUUCAUGGGAGGGAGCGGGAAGGGGCAGUUCGCUAAGCUAGCGAAUCAGAUCACGAUCGCUUCGACGAUGGUGGGGCUCGUCGAAGGGAUCGUGUACGCUCACAAGGCCGGGCUCGAUGUGAGGAAGUUUCUAGAAGCGAUUUCGACCGGAGCCGCGGGUUCGAAGUCGAUAGAUUUGUAUGGGGAGAGGAUUCUCAAGAGGGAUUUCGAUCCGGGGUUCUAUGUGGAUCAUUUCGUUAAGGAUUUGGGGAUUUGUUUGAACGAGUGUCAGAGGAUGGGGUUGGCUUUGCCUGGGCUGGCUCUUGCGCAGCAGCUUUACUUGUCUCUCAAGGCACAUGGUGAAGGUGGUCUUGGAACUCAAGCUCUCAUCUUGGCUCUUGAGCGACUUAAUAAUGUCUCUGUUCAACCAAGUGUCUGAUUAUGUUUUUAUGUUGAUUUGGAGAAAAAAGAUUUGAACUUUUGUUGUGUAUCGUUGCUUAAACAUGAACUUUUGCUGGAAUGUGUAUUGUUUAGAUAUAUAGAAGUGUAUUGUUGGUUA